AUGUCCUGGUGGAAUAACUCAAAUUCAAAAACAAAAGCUCUUAAAAUAACAGCUUCAUCACAAUAUGAAGAUCCAAAUCCUCAAAUUGUACCUGUUAAUUCAGAGUCUCCAAUAACAAUCAAUUCACCUUCUGGUAAAAUUCAAUUAUAUCUAAGAAUAAAAGAUUUUAAAGGAUCUAUUGAUCAUGAUGUUAUAUCUUCAAAAGAUUCUCCAUAUUUCAAGUUUAAUCAAGAUGCAAACAUUUCAAUUCAAUUAAGCUUUACUCCAAAUCAAGAUAUAUCUGGUGAUGGGCUUUUAUUUGGUAAUGAUUUUUCAUAUCCUAUAAAGGAUUAUUUACCAUAUGGUACUUCAACUGGUCUGAAUUUAUUCAAAAAAUAUGUUGAUCCAAGUGUUGAUGGUGAUUUAUACCUUGAGAAACCUUAUUUAUAUGGGAAGGCAUUGUCAAGUUUUAAUGUCAUUAAUGAUAAAGUUCCAGAUAAAGAUUCUCCAAAUGUUUUCAUUGAGGAAAAUUUAGUUAAUGAUGAAUUCACAACUAGGAAAUUAAUCAUACCAGUUGAAUCAUCAGAUAGACAAAAAAUUUUCCAUCAAGUUAAAAAUCAAGAAGAUUUUAUAUUUGAAAAAGAUCAUACUUAUAAUUUUGACUUUUUCAGUGGGUUGUUAAGUUUGAAAAAUUCACAAUUUAAUAUUAAAUUACCAGGUGGAUUUGAAAUAAAUUUAUCAAAUUAUCUUAAUGAAAAUUUCAAUAGUGUUAGAUAUGUUUUGAAAAAAGGUACAAGUGGUGAAUUAGGUACUGAAUUUGGUGAACCUUUAUUAGUUAUCAAUUUUGAACUAGUUCCAACUCCUGAUGAAAAAGAUGAUGAAGAUUCCAAAACUGAUGAAAAAGAAACAGUUAAAACUGAUAACACUGAUCCAAGAGAAUCAGAAACUUUAAUCCAAGCCACAAGUCAAUCUUUAGAUUCAGUUGAUUGA